AAAAAACUAAAAAAAAAAAAAAUGGAAGAGAGUAAGAAAAAGAAGAAACCAGAAGAGCAAGUUCAAGAGCCUGAAUCAGAUUUACCUGAAGCCUUACUAGAAUAUCACAUUGUGGCAAAAGAAGCAGCAAUUGCAUCGGUUUUGUUUCAUCUGAAAGGAUUGGAAGAAAAGAUCAAAGAAAAUAUUAAAAAGAAUGUUGUUGUGAAGGAAGAACAGAAGGUGCUUAUCAGGCGCUUAGUAAGGCAAAUAGAAGAAAAGGAGAAAAAACGAGAUGAGAAAGAGGUUGUAACCAGGGAUGAUGUGGAAGAGUCACUGAAAGCAGUUUUUCAGUUUGUGAAGGACAAAGAACAACUUCUUCAAGAUCUGCGCUCCCAAAUUGAAGAAACUAAGAAAACAAUUGCAGAAAAGCAGCGUGAGAGAGAUUAUUGGUUGGAGUACAAAAAUGUCGGAAGUAAAAUACAUGCUGAGAGGAUUAGCAGUCUGGAAAAAGACAUUGCAGAUGUCAAAUAUGAACUUGAAAGAACUGAAGAAUAUUAUAGAGAAGCUUUGGAAGUUGUGAAAGAAGAAAAUCAGAAACUGUUUGACAGGCACAUGAAAUUACUCAGUGAAGAAGCUCUUAAGAAUGCUGUGGGAUACUUAGACAAAGACUGUCGCAGAGAGAUUGAAGAGAAUGAGUGGCUCAAAGAAGAGGUUAAGAUCUACCGAAAGGAAGAAAGGGAUUUGAAAGCUUCUGUCCAGCUCCUGGAAGAAGAAAAUACCAGUUUAGUGGCAAAAUUGAUUGAUAUCAAACUUCAGCAACUAGGAGUAUCAGGGCAUUUGUUUCAUACAAAGGGAGCUGGCUUGCAAGAACUUCCUAAGGAUGAAAUGAAAAGGGGAAAAAGAGAAUAUACAGCAAAGACAGAUGGAAAGAGCCUCAGAAGUGUCUUUCCAAAGAUUCGGUCUAAAACAGAUUAUAAGAAGCCUCCAGACAGUGAUGAAAAAUCACGGAAAAAAUUCUUCACUCCAGCCCUGGACAGCUUGUUGUAUGAAGAUGAAGAAGAGUUUGAGGCAUACUCAAAACUGGGACCUCUGAAGAGAAAGCUGCUCGUGGUUGGAAAAGCUGUGCCUGCUUGUAAGGAACCAGAAGAAAUGCCAAGCAGGAGCUACAGAGAAAAGGACACUGUUGGUAAAUCAGAUGGGCAUAUCACAGCUAAGAUGAUCAAGGCCUUAUUUAAGGAAAAUGUUGAUGAAAACUAGACAAGCUGUGCUGUUUGCACAGAAAUGUAACAUUCUCAGUUCAUUAAAUAUUUGCUCUCUUCUGUGUGGCAUGGGGCUUUGAGGAAACUAUUUUAGAGUGCCUGAAUCAUGAUUAUAAGUUUCAUGAGAGGUAUGUCUGUGUGCAGAGGCUAAUUGAAAGGUUCCUUUCCUUACCACUGAGAGACGUCUUGUGCACUCUUUGAGGUAUUCAGUCCACAUAGCAGCACAUUUAUCUACUAAAAGAUCUGAGCUAAUAUUUCGUUUGUGUGGUCUCUACUUGCAGAUGUGGAAUUUCCUCUUGAUCAGACAGUGAAUGGGUAAAUGCAGGCUGCCAUAAAACACAGAACUAUUACAAAACACAUAAUGCUCUGCUAAGGCAGAAUUAAUUUUUGCAAGCAUAAUUCAACUAUUGCUAUAAAUUGAGUGUCUGAAUGCUUUUUUAUCUGUCUCCACAAGACCCCUACUUAAAUACAUUGAAAUAAACAAAAAUUAAUUUAAAACCAAUUUAAAACCAGCAUAAAAAAUCACUAAGGUCUUAAAUAUUUUGUUUGUUUAGAAUUGGCCAAAUGUAUUGUGUAAGCCCAUAUCCUUGGUUUGUGGCUGGCCUAUUUGAACAUCUAUCUUAGUGCAUUCAUGCAGUGGGGGGCUCCCUCUGGACACUCUCUCAGCAGCACACAACAGGUCCUUCCCACGUGUAGGCUCUGACCCAUGCGUUUCCUCAUUAGAAACUUGUGACAGCAUUGAUUAAUCAAUUUAAACCCUCGACAAGAUAAUCAGCUGUUUGGAAUAAAGGUUUUUAAAAAAACUUACUUUUUAAACAACCUGUAUCUCUGUGCAGUAUCUCAGUGUAACUGUACUUCAGUGCAAACGCUUUUGGUUUUCCAAGCACGCUGAGCUGUCCCUGCCCAGCAGGUGUCUCCUUGGGCUGCAGGUGAGUCCCACUGGUCUCUGGGCUCCACUGACCAAGCUCCUCCUAGGCUGGGAUUGCAAGGAGACAGGUAAAGGUGUCAGACUCCAGGUAAAGGCAGACCUCACCUCACACUGACUGACUUCUCUGCCACGUGGUGAACAGUAAAGUGAGUUUGGACGUGGCCCUGCUGUAACCCAGUAGAGUGACUGUGAAGGCUGAGAUGAUUCCUGCCCCUUGUGUGUCCAUGGAAUGGGGAUCUGUACUUGGGCUGUGUGCAGCCCAAGAGACGCCUCCCCUCCGCUCCCCUGCCUUGCUUUGAGUGCAGUGCAAGCCCCAUGAAAUGGCUGACUUGAAAGAGAGAUUAGUUCUGCUCAGUGAUUAGUUUAGCUUCUUCUUUAGAUGCAGAAUUACAAUGUGGCUUAUGCUGAAUGGCUUUUCUGUUAAAGGCAGGCCUCUCCUUCUUCCCACCACUCCCCAGAGUGGAUUUACAUUUUCUAAUGGUGUAAAUGUAUGGCACAUCUAUAGGCUUCUCUUGGCUUAUGCCCAUAAUGCAUAACACCAUGUGCAGGACAUAUGGCAGGACAACAUCAACCUGCACCUUGGAAAAAAGAACCCUUGCAGUUUAGCCUUUUCCCAUAACAGCCUAUGUGGGUGAGAGGGAGUUAAAAGGAAAACCCAAACAUGCUAAUUAGGGUACAAGCCACAGGCAGCCUGCACAAGCCAGAAGCAACAGCCUUCAGCAAAACAUAUUUAGUGAAGUGUCUCAAAUCCCCUUGAUUUCUACAGGAUUAGCAUUAAGGCCACUGCGGGGCUUUCAUAUGGAGAAAGCUGGGUCUUCAGCCCAAGGCAUCUGGAUUUGAUAAAUUUGUUACUAGCAAAAUCUCAGAGAAAUGAGCAGCAUGUUCUAAAACAAGGGGCUGAUCAGUCACCUUCUGGCAGCACAGCCAGUGCUUCCAAGCCCCACUUGGAGUUCACUACUCCAGUUAGGACCAAACUUAUGGGAGUCACCCUUGUAUUCCCAGCAUUAUGAAAUAUUUUUUCUGUACUGUGUUAGUGUUGCACAAGACAACUCUAGGAUGCAAGCAAGGGUCCUGGUGUCUCCACAAUUACAAUCCAAUCUAAGCUUCAGCUGAGCUGGAGUUAUGUGUUUAACUAGAACAAAACUCAAAGAAACUUGCCGUUUCAACAGGAAGAAAAAAACCAAGUAUUCCUUGGAAUUCAAAGUUAAAGAAAUACAAACAUCACUCCAGUUGCAUGGAAAUAAAAACUAUUUUAAAUAGAAGCGAGGUCCAUGAGCUGGAAGUGAGAAACAUCAAUCCAUGGAAUGUCUAAAAAGCACAAUGGGGAGAGGUGUGCUGAGAGCCUGUAUCCACUCCAGUGAUGAAAGGAGCUGCUUACCUCAGCACUCUGCUGGCUUGAACCCUCUCUGAGCCACUGGCUUCUCCUGCUUUGUAGUCUGGCUGUGCUGGUAUGAACUCCCCAGCCUGAGCUGCAGGGAAUGUGAGUGAUUUCACUUUUGGUCUGGUUUUUAUGAGGUUUGCAGCCUCUGCUGCAGCAAGGUUAUAUAACAAGGCAAUCUUUCCACAGGUUCAGACCUGCACGUUUUGGGAAAGGAGGGUUAAGAGACUCGCUCUGCAGCAUUUGUUCUUGUUUGGCUGCUUUCUGAGUGAGAAGUUAUUAAACACUGCUUCUGUGGGCUAAAAGGAGUUUGCCAGAAUAAGGUCAAGGCAGAAGGUAAUGGACUGAAAAGUUACACUAUAGUGACAAGCACAGAACAGAGAAGCUAUUGGUGUUAGCAUCUUUAGCCACCGAUGUUUUGCAGCUGGAUGUUCCUCCAAAAAAAGGCUUUUCGUUGGAUUUUGAGUUAACUCUGAAAGUAAGGAUGUGUUUUGCAAUACUACAUUUCAGAGCUCAUGUUCUGCAGUCUCCCACAAACACCAUAUUGUUUUAGGACAUGACAUGGCAACAAGAUGCCAACAACUGUUCCCAUAUGUUGGCAAUUGAAUGUUGAGCCAUGCUGAAAACUAGGAUUUAACAUGGUGCUGGAUCUUUGCUCGCUUAGUGAUUAAAGUAAAACAAGAAGCUAAAAUUCUAUCAAAUACUGCUUUUCUAAAAAGUACUUGGGCAAUUGCUGUAGCUGGCACAGGGAAGUUCAGCAGUUACUGCCAAGAACAAAGCAGAGAUCCAUGCUAUGAAAAUAAACCCAAGACCCCAGUGCUCCUUGUGUACUGCAGCUGCCGGAUAUCUAAAGUACUAUGCUUGCAUCCAACACUUUCUCUGUACCCAUUCUCUGUAUCACCUCACACAGAAAUUUAAGCAAGUUAGCUCUUUGUUCCAAGGCUUUUUGAUCUUUGCUUCAGGAAAUUUCAUCAUCAGAGAAGCAAGAAAAUAAUUAAAUGUGUUUUACUCAAUUCUAGAGUGAUCUGUUAUCUUGGGGAGGCCAUCUCACAUCCUAUUACUCAACCUUCUGGUACAAAAAGGUGCUGAGUAGGUGGCAGCAAUGUUACACCUUCAGGGAACCUGCCCUGGGUUUUCUCCUCCUCACUCCUUCUCCUGAUCCAGCCAGGAUGCAGCUGAACAAUCAGCUAAGUCCCUUUGCUCUCCAGUUUGAGCUUGGAAAACAGCAGCAUAUCACAGAUGCUUGUUGGGCAAAUGCAGUGGAAGAUGUCAAGCCUGUUUCUGCUCUCUCCACUGUCGUGUGAGAGCUCCAAAGGUCAAGUCAAGAGAUUGACAACAGGCCAGGGAGCAAGCUCUUGCUCAGUUUACAUAUGCUGCCAUUAGCACUGCUCUUUUGUCUGUAUUCAGCACAUUUUUUCACUGCCCCAUCACAUUAUCUUGUCAAUCUUCUGUUCCCAUCAGCAUUUACUGCCUUUCCCAGUGUUUUAGCACUUAAUUCUCAUUUCUCUGCCACAAUUUUUAUCUCAAUUAUGCCAUGGCCUUUAAGUUGCAAUUCAUUUAUGUUGCUACAAAAUUUGUGUCAGGCUCUGGAAAUGGGCACUUUUUGUCUAAUGAAAGAUGCAGGGUUUGACCCUGUCCCUUUUUCUUGCCGAAGGGCUGUUUGGCAGCUGGGAACUUCUGUGACUUAUUCUGGCAGUUGGCUGAAUGGAACCUCUGAUGCCAAAAAGUCACGCAAAGACAGACUUCAAACAUGUCCUGAGGUACCAGCUCUGUUUGGUUUGUGACUUUGAAACAAAGAAGAGAAGCAGCAAAGGGACUUCAAUCUGUCUUCAUAUGAAGACUCCACAUUUGUGCUGUUGGAAAACUCAGGUGCUGUUCAAGUUCUUGUUCUGGCAAAAGCAAUUGUCUCAAGAGGUAAAUCCAGUUGUUUUCAUUAUAUAAUUCCCUGAUCUAGAAAAAAUAAAAAUAUUGUGGUUAUUCUGACACGCCAGUUCCCUACACAAAGCUUCAAGAGGAACCACAUCCCUCUAACAAAGCACUCCAUCAUCCUCUGUUGCAGUGUGCUUUUAUACUUUGUAAUACUUCGUAAUAGUUCUGAUUUUGUAUCCCCUUAUUCUCCCCAGAUGAUGUACC